UUGGUUAACAAUUUCAGUGAAGGGAGGGGGUUCCCCAUGUAGGGGGUGGUGAGGCAUGGAGAGAGGCACAAAAGGAGUAGACGCAGGAUUAGUGGCGAGCUCAAACAGCACUGGAAUUAAUAAUCAACAAGAAAUCACAAUAAAUGAGAGACAGCCUGAGAGCUGAGGUUACCGAGGUGUUUCCAUCUGAAAUACAAGCCAGCCCAAAUUCAAGGGUCAUCCUCCCCUGCAAUGUGACCUUCCCCCCUUCUUUGGGCCAAAUAGACAACUCUCUCAUCAAAGCUGGCUGGACUAGAAACGGCUCUGACGUCGCCUCAUUCAGUCAAGCGGUGGAGCAAAAACAGGAAGGCUUUAGCUGGGACACUGGGGAUUUUGUCAAUGGGGACUUUUCGCUGACCAUCCUCAGAGCCAGUCUGGACCUGCAGGGGGUUUACGAAUGCACUGUCAGCUACAACUCCAUAAUGCAGCACUCAAGUAACACGACAUUUAGUAUCCUUGCCUCCCCUGUUCUCUCUGUCCCACAGCAGUGGGUGGUAUUAGAAACAGAGAGCCAACUAAAGUGCAAUGCAGGCGGUUUCUACCCUCCUCCUGUCACUUUCUCCUGGACCAGAGACGGGCAAGUCAUUCAACCUCCAUACAAUGUUGAAGGUGAGCUGACUGCAGAUGGAUACUAUAUGGCUGUAGGUAACUUGACCUUCUUCCCCUCCCGUGAAGACCAGAACAUGACCUUUGGGUGCAAGGUGUCCCACAGUGGCAGCCACCAAGAGCUGGAUUUUCAACUUAACAUUACAUAUCAACCCUUUGUUAGGCUUUCAGUCGUGCCCUCCAGAUCUGACAGCAGUCCUCUCACUCUUUACUGUGACGUGGAGAGUUUCUACCCAGAGGAAGUGUCUGUGUCCUGGCUCCAAAAUGGUACCGUUCUCCCUGAGACAGUUAACGUGGACCAGAACCCCGAUGGGACCUUCAGAACCAGACGCUAUUACACUUUGAGUGCAGCGCAGAGAGAGCAAGGUGGAAAAUUGGAGUGUGCAGUGAACCAACCUGGGGUAGUGCAUCCAGUCUCUGGCACAGCAUUCUUAGAGAAACUGGAUCCCAGAGAUGAGGCCCCAGUGUUGACAAAAGCCGCCAAAGCCUCAGUGGCUAUGAUGUGUAUUUCUAUAGUGCUGGUGUUCCUGCUUUGCUUUGGAUUUUCUUGGAGAAGACGGGAUGAGAAACAGAAAUCUCUGAAUGUUUCUGGGAUCAUCCUCCCUCCACGCGUGACAGUCGGUCAAAAGGGCAGGGUCUCAGUGAGCAUAGAGGGCAGGAGGGUGGACCGAGUCCAGGCUGUGUGGUUCCUCAAUGACACCCCUAUCACUGACACCUCCCUCACAGAAGCCUCUAAAUCUAACUUUAACUGCCUCUAUAACCCCCUAACCACCAUCCAUCUGCCCUACGGUCUAACUCUCACCUCCCCAGUGUCAGAGAAAGGCCGUCUGCUGCCCUCUAGAGAGGAGAUGGGGUAUUACAAGCUGCACACUCAGGGGCCGCUGCACUCAUCUGGAAGUGGAGUCCAACAGCUGAUCGCCUCGCUCACCUUCAUCCCCCAGAUUUCAAUCCACAAGGGGGCGGUGUUCAAGUGUCAGGUAUCCUACCUGGGCAAAGACAAGAUUGUGGCAGAGAGGGUGUCAGAGAAGUUUACCAUUCUUUCUGCUCCAGAAGUAUCAGAAAUCCAGCUGGCUGAGACACCAAGUGACCCUGAUGUCAUCAGCAUGACUGUCAGGGCGUCACAUUUCCAUCCAGAUGUUAUUACCUUCCGCUGGUUCUGUGAGGGGAGUGAGCUGAGCCCUGUAGCCUCCCAGGCCUCAUCCUCCCCUCGACCCAAUUCUGAAGGCUUCUUUUCAGCCUCCAGUCAAUGUAAACUCCCCCGCAGUGAACUGGAAAGAGGAGGCACCAAAGUGUGGGUCAGUGUCCAUCAUAUCGCCCUAAAACAGCCGGUCACACGAGAGACCAGAGGCUUCAUCAAGAGCCCACGUGUGUCUGAUAUCAUCCGCUCCAUUUCCACUCCUGAUCAGCCUUUCACGCUUGGAUGUGAGAUCACAGAUUUCUACCCUCCAAAUGUCUCAGUGACCUGGCUGAAGCUCAGAGAGGGAGAGCGGGAUGACAGAGAAGACGAGGUGAUAGAGGGAGGAGAGAUGUGGGGCCCAGUGCAGACUCAACCCAGACUGUACAGGGCCACGGCCACACUGAGGAGGAGGGCAACAAACGAGGAGAAGAAAGAGAGAGGAGGAGGGAUUAUUUGUAGAGUGGAGCACUGUUCUUUAACAGAGCCUAUUGAGAGAUACUGGAGAAAUGUUGACAUUGUUGCUCCCUCCAUUCCCUCAUCCAUCUCAGUGUGUUGGAGCAGUGAAGGUGUCGGCGUGUUCUCCCUCCUGUUGAAGGGAGGGCACCCAAAGGCCAAGUUAGUCUGGGCAGCUGGAGGAGCUGCUCUCUCACCACUGGUGUCCAAUGAAACAGAGGAGAUAGGAGACGACGGACAGAGAGAGAUGAAGAGUCUGUGCGCGCUGGAGAGGUCGACGAGCAUGCCAAGUCCGACGAGCAAACAGCCGGAGAGACAGAAGAAUGGACACGCAAUAAAGACGAAGGCAGCAGUCACAGACCCAGACACUGAAGGGAUAGAAUACAUCGAUGAAAAAGUAGAUGGGGAGAAUAACAACAUCGACAGGGAUGAAGAGACGAAGUCAGAGCUGGAUGAGGACAGUGACAAAGACACAGAUGAAGAACCGGGCGGCCUGUACAUAAACAAAGUCAACCUGAGGCAGGGAGCCCGAGAAAGUGAGCGUUCACGUUUGAGAGUGAGUGUGGAGAUCACACAUCCCACGCUCAGGCUUCCUGUUUAUCGAACCUGGACAGAGCCAAAUGAAGAAAAUUCCUCUACUGCAUAAAGCCAUAAUGAGAGCCCCCAUAUAUAAUGUACUCCAUUUACUAAUAUCCUGUAUAUUUUUAUGGUAAAUAUUCAGCUGUAGCCAUGUUUUUAGGUUAUCUAACUCUCUUUAAUGUGAUCAACAGGUGUGGUUUUGCUAUCAACAUUUUUUAUCUUUAUUUAUUAUUCUUAAUCUAUCCUCCAUUCUGUGUUUCACUGCUACAUGAUUUAUACAAAUAUCCAUAUUUUUGUAUACAGACUUUACAAUAAUGAACCCGCAGAUUAUUUUCUAAAUCUGCACUGGAAAAUAAAUGUAGAUUUAUUGAAUUUUUUUGAAAGGUUUGUCUUUGCAUUGUGUUUUUGUCUCAGGGUUUUGUAGUGUCUGUAAAUGGUGGCCACACAAACAUUUCCCAUUUUAAAAUAAACUUCUUCAAAUUUUUUGUUCCGCUUUGCACCCUGACCGCAGAACUGUCACUUCACUGUGCAGAGGAGAAGAAGAGGAGGUGCUGUGUGGUUUAUCUGGUUGAUUUAAAUGUUUAGUUUAGGACUUCCUCCUCUCAGUUUUAAUAGCUAGUACUUGAGCAGUUUCAACAAACGUGUUCCCCUUGUGUUUCUCUUUAUACACUGGUCAGAAUUCCAACUGAUGAUAUUUGAAACUGAAUUUAACAUAACGCCAAAUACAGAUUAUGUUCUGAAAUUCUUACAAGGCACAAUUCAUUUUGGACAUCAAGAAUUCCGUUACUGAUAUAUAAAUGUUCAUUUCGGAUAGAAGAAGAGCUCAUUUUAACUAGGAAGGACUGAGUCACGUGUAUAUGUAAUGUAUAAUUUACAUCCGUUCUUGGGCCUCAUCAUUUUGUUUGGUAUACGACCAGUAUAAGGGUUUACCUGGUGUUGGAUAAACUGGUUUCGCCCCAUUAAACAUGAACCAUGCUGCUCUCUUCUCAAUUUUAAGAAUUUAUCAGUCUUUGAAGAUGCAAAUGCUACUCUGGAAGAGUCUGCUGGGCCACAAAGUUUCAUAAAUAUUCCAAAAGAAUAUUUAAGUCUUUGCAGAAGCCUGAUGAUGGCAGCGGCUUAUUAAUUGUACAUUGUGACACCCUAAUGUAUCUGAAAUCUAAGCAUUUACAUUGUAAUUCUGUGAUUAUGACAAAAAAAUGUGAUUAAUAAAGGUACAUUUUUGAGUCUCA